UUAAGCUAAGCUUAAAGUUAAACAACGUUGGCGAAACCGGACCUUAAUAUUCGCAUUUUAUUUUUCCCCGAUUAUCGCUUCCACCCUCGUCCACUGCCGCCCAACUCAUGAAUGGGGGAUCAGGGUCCCGCAUUCACCCGACAUCGGGGGGUUGAGGCUUUCCCUGACAACAGAGAAACAAACACGCAUAAACAAGGGACAAAGUAGGCGCGGCCGAAUAGUUAUUGACAAACGCUUUCAGGUCUCAGAGCUCUUGGAUUGACGAGACGCGAUGGUGCUGUUCGACGAAGCGAGGAAGCUGAUGGACGAGAUGAUGAAGGUGACGAUCUUUCAGCCGUCCGAGAAACGUCGAAUGCUGGAGGACGAGCGAAGGACCUUCCUGGACCCGAAUCUGGUGAUGGACGCGAGGCACAGGAUAUUUCGCGAGGAUCCGGCCGGUUCUCCGGCAAAGCCGUCUGUCCUUGCGGAGACCGGGAGAUUACUGGCGCAGGAAGAAACGAGGGAACUGCAGUUGAAGAGAGAACAGACUUUCAUAGAGAGGGAAUUACGCAAAUUUGAGCAAGACUUGCAAAAGUCCCGUCCUAAGUUUUGCGGACUGUGCAGCAGAAAGAAUAUAGCCAGCUCGGAUGACGAAAACUUUUGGAGAACGUCCAGCAGAGUCAAGGUAAGGCUCGCCGACAAGUUGCACGUUCGGAUUCUUAUCAGUGAGAGAAGGGACAGAAGGUUCGAGCCAAAGCCGACGGUCGUUCACAGGAAGCCCAGAAAGCCACUUGCGGAAGUCUCUUCUACCGAAUCGAAAGACAGCAGGCGGUGCUCGACGAACGGGAUCGAAGUCACGUCUUUCGGUAGCAUCAAAGUGACCAUCAAGGAUAAAACGAGCUGCGAAUCGGAGGAGCAACGAUCGCGUAUCUUAAGAUCAUGCUUCGAGACUCUUCGGGAGAACGCGCGGAAUGGACGUCGUCUCCGCGAGAUCGGGAGCCGCGUCCAGGAGAUCUGGUCGCGAGGAAAACUGAAAUCGUGCAUUCAUCUGUGGAGGACGUAUGCAAAGAAGGCGAAGGCUCGGCGAGAACGCGCGGCGGAGGAUCCCGACGCGCGAAAGAUCGAGCUGCUCAUCGACACCAUCAACGAGACGCAGAAAGAGUUGAAGUCGAGUCAGAGAGCGGAGUCGAAGGGCCCGCCCUCGAACGCGAGAAACACCGAGACGAGGAAGAGGGAUCUUUCCUCCAGGCCGUUCGUCGUCGAGUCGCCGGCACAGUGUCGAUUGACCGUCCAGAAAGAGAUCAUUCGAAAGCAGAGGAUGAAGCUGGCCGAGCAGAGUAAGAUCAUCGAGGAGCUGAAACUGAAGCAGGUGCAGGAGGAGAUAACGAGGUCCGGCGAGGAGACGGUGAACGCGGCCAGGGAGACUCUGACCCACUGCGGCCAGCGGACCAGAAGGACAUUGAUCCAACUAAUGAGACAAGCGGGCUACAGGGACAAGUCGCUAAUGACGCCGAUACGGGUACCGAGUCCUCCUAAAUUUCUGGCGAGGAUGGAAGCGCGGGCGGAAGCGAGGAGAAGCAGAAUAAAGCUGCGCGAAGAGGCGCGUCGGAAGAAACUGGAGGACGAGAGGAGGCAAGAAGAGGCUGCCAGGAGGGCGGAGGAGCAAGAGAGGAAAAGAUUGCAACAAGAGGCCUUGCGCGAGGCAAGAAGAAUGCGCGAGGAACGGGAGCAACAACGAGCGCGCGAAGUGGAGAGAUAUGAGAAACUGAAUUCCAUGGCGGAAGCAUUUUAUCGCAAAUACUUGUUACGACGUUGUAUAGCCGCGCUCGUCGAAAAGAAGAAUAACGAUAUGAAGAGAGCCGACGACCACUUUAAGCGGUGCUUACUUCAAAAAGUGUUCGUGACGUGGAAGAUGGAAACGGAACGUCAGAAUAAAAUUAAAUCCGAACUAGCUACAUCAUUGUACGACAGAAAUUUAUUGCUGUACACGUUGCAGAAGUGGAAGCAGGCGGUGAAGGAGCAGAGAAGCAAGGAUCAAGUGGCUAGAGAUUUUUCCGACAUGAGACUGCAGAGAGAAUGCAUUAAGGUGUGGAAAUUAAAAGCUGUGGAGAGCAAAGCGGAACGAUUGAGGAGCGAACGUUUAGCUUCGGAACAUUACGAGGGAAAGUUGAGAAGCAAGUACUUCGACAUGUGGAAAAAAUAUCCAGAAGCGGUGCCGAUCAUCAUGGAGAGGAGGCGCAUGAGAAACAAGUGGCGGGAAAUUGUGCAAGAAGUGAUCCCAGACUUCGACCCCAGGCAAAGAGGUGUAAUAUUAGAAGACUAGUUUAACGAAUUUA